AUGGGUUGUUGUGUUUCCCAACCGAAGAGUAAUCUAAAGCCCCUAAAGAAGGGAAGUGUGUUAUCAUUGGCGCAGUCCAUGAAGAUCACCAAAGGAGGUCAUGCCAUCACAUUCAAAGUGAUCCGCAAACCUAUGCUCCAGAAAGAGGCCGAUAGGAUAGCCCGCGACCCCUCCUGUGGUCAGGACUUCCAAACAGUGUUCAAUCCGCCCCUCAAUGUGUGCAACAAAUUGACUAAAUUUGUGUAUUUGUCGGGAAUCGCUUCACUCACUAAAGAGAAUCUCGAGAAACUUGGGAUCACUUUAAUAAUUAACGCCACAUAUGAGUGGUUUAACAUUGAACCCGAAAACACCACUUGUUAUAGGGUUCCGGUGGACGACUCCGCCAACGACGACAUCUCCGUAUACUUCGAUGAGGUCUGCGAUAAGAUCGAAGAGAACGCCCAAAACGGAGGCAAGACUUUAGUGCACUGUAUGGCGGGUGCGAGUCGUUCAACAACUCUUGUGUUGGCAUAUCUCAUGAAAUACGAGAAAAUCAAUCUCAAGAAUGCCUUCAUUUCGGUUAAGAAGCGCAGAGAGACUGCUCGGCCUAACGUCGGCUUUUGGGAGCAACUCAUCAAAUAUGAGAUCAAAAUCAGAGGCCAGGCGUCCGUUAAGAUGCUUCACAUGACAGCGUCCGUUAAGAUGCUUCACAUGACAGUCGAUAACAUACAAGUGAUAGUCCCUGACUUCUAUGAGAAGGAUUACCCGGAUUUAUCCAAGACUGAAGAACUGGCCGUUAAUGAGUACUCCGCUGUUAUAUUGUGGUAUAAAAAGAAGAUAGCAAUUGCCAUUUGGUGCUACUAUUUCUCAAAGUGUAUCGAACUAUUGGACACAAUAUUCUUCAUAUUGCGAAAGAAAGCGAAUCAAUUGACAUUCCUCCACGUCUACCACCACUCAUCAAUGUUAAUCAGAGGCCAGGCGUCCGUUAAGAUGCUUCACAUGACAGUCGAUAACAUACAAGUGAUAGUCCCUGACUUCUAUGAGAAGGAUUACCCGGAUUUGAUCCCAAGACCUAAAUGGAGACCCAAGACCCAGGAUCUAAAUGUAAAACUGUUGAAAUGA